AUGACCAACCGAGCUCGGGCUAUCCGACCUGAAGGACACAACUCCAGCUUAUUCAAGAAGGCAAUGCAACUCGGACCUAGCCAGGACAGCUCAGGAUUCGUCACACAAAGAAGAGGGAGAGCCCAUGCUAUGAGGGGAAGUUUUGCUAUAACCAGCGGUGCCAUUGGUUCGCUAAACUGUCAUAUUCUGACAAUUAAUUUGUUCGUGAAACUAUAG